CUGCCUCUAAGAGUGGAGAUCGCUCUCGAUACUCGCAAGCGCCGUCAGACUCUCAGCGAGGAACUGCGCUCCAACAUCCUAAUGGGGUUGGAAGAGGACUCGGUGGACCUACGCGGAGCCGUCCGCUCAGCCGUGCUAGAACCGGACGUUGCAGCCCUUGAAAAGGGACUGGACACCGUUGUGGGGCCGCGCGGGGUGAAGCUCUCCGGGGGACAGCAGAGAAGGGCCGCCGCCGCGAGGAUGUUCGUUCGAGACCCGGAGCUGCUGAUUUUCGACGAUCUGUCGAGCGGCCUCGACGUUGAGACCGAGCAGAUUCUUUGGGAGAGACUCUCGGAUCGCCCGAACAGCACCGUCCUCGCAGUCUCCAACCGGAGGGAGGCCCUCCGCCGCGCCGACCACAUUGUCGUUCUGAAGGAAGGUCGUGUGGACGAUGAAGGAACGCUCAACCACCUGCUCUUGGCCUCCGCCGAGAUGCAGCGACUCUGGGCAGGCGAUAUCGAAAGCCCCGAUUCAGCCUCCGAAUAG